AUAGACGAUAGAAUAGAAGAGAACGGACGUCUGCCAUUUGAAAAAAGGCCCAAUCAACCGGACAAGAAGAGAACGGAAGCCGACGACAAUGGCUUCAUCUUCAAUGGCUUCUCCGAGCUCCCAUCUCUAUUUCUGCAGCCGAAACUACAGUACUGCUAGUAGGAGACUCCCCAGAAGCAGGGUCUUCUUCCUUCCCCGGAUAUCCCUUUCUGAGAAUCAGCAGCAGAGCCCGGAACCCGAAGAAGCCCCAAAUCCCAUCCCCAGAAGGGAAAUUGUACUGAGGAGCAGCGAAUUGGCGGUAGUUGGGGCCAUUUUCAACUUGAGUGGGAAGAAGCCGGAGUACCUCGGGGUUCAGAAGAACCCUCCUUCACUGGCACUCUGCCCUGCUACCAAGAACUGCAUCUCUACUUCAGAGAGCAUCACUGAUCUCACCCACUAUGCUCCUCCUUGGAACUAUAAUGGAGGUCGCGGUAGAAAACAGCCAAUAAGCAGGGAAGAGGCCAAGAAAGAGCUUCUAGAUGUGAUAAAAUCGACGAAACCAGGCAAGUUCACGCCCCAAAUCGUGGAAGACAGGGACGAUUAUGUGAGGGUCGAAUAUCAAAGUCCAAUACUUGGGCUUGUGGAUGAUGUGGAGUUCUGGUUCCCACCUGGGAAGAACCCGAUCGUGGAAUACCGAUCUGCGUCGAGGGUCGGGAACUUCGACUUCGAUUACAACCGGAAGAGAAUCAAGGCUUUGAGAGAAGAAUUGGAAAAGAAAGGAUGGGCUUCUGAAGACAGCUUCUAAGGGAGCCUGGCGAAUGGCUAGUCCAUAUUUGUGCGACUUCAUCAUCAAAGGUUGUGAUGUUGUUCGUGAUUCUUUGUGGGACUCAACAGUGUAAUGACGACUCUCUAAUAAAAUUUUUUUCGGUAGAACCUCUCA